AUGAGCACACAAGAACCAAUGAGCUCCGCACCACCAGCCACUCAAGCCGAUCCAGCUACCCUAUCCUUGACCGCGGCUGCGACGGACGCUCCGGUACUAUCGCCACGCCCGAUGACAUACACGGACGUACCGACGGCUGUGAGAACGUAUGAAGCAGCCUUCAAAGGUGAUCCGUCCCACCAUUGGCUACGUGACACUUCAGCAAAUGGGAUUCACCUAACAUCCAUAGACUACCAUGGUAGCGCACUACCUAUGCUCGGCCGUCGCACUGAGAUUUCCGCACUUUGGGGCUACUGCGUUACGAAGGGACUGGCGUGGACGAUCGACAACGGAGCUGCUAUUAUCUGCUAUGGCCCAGCAAAAAGUACUCUUAGCCGCACGGACAAGGCUGCUGUGUCCGUACUCGUCGGCGCUUUAGGCAUGAAUACUCUUGGCGACCGCGAGGAGGAAGCUAUUUACCUUCAGAUCCUGGCGACUACUCCAGAGAAGCAAGGACGUGGAUAUGCGUCCGCGUUGAUACGAACUGUCACUGGAAUUGCGGAUGCCCAGAGACGUGCUACGUUUCUGCUUUCAAGUAAUCUCAUCAACACUGGUUUCUACAACUCGUUUGGCUUCGUUGAGGGGGCGAAGAUUGUUCUUGGUAACGACGACCCAACGUGGCGGGAGCCUCCAGUGGUGGUGCUGGUGGGAAGUGGCAACCUGUCCACGAUGAGGAAUGUUCAAAUGCACAAAUCGACACUUCGCAGCAGAGACACUUUCACUGGUACUCGUCAUACACAAGUUCAAAUUUAUAUCCUGUAUAUUACAUCAAAUCCAAAUCCGACCUCGUAGAGGCAAUUGUAUAGCAUGAAGGUACUUGAAAGGAGAUACGGUACAUUAGAUGUCCAUGCACUUCAAAAUAAAUUCAUCCAUCGAUUACUUCGAGAACUCGACGGGGGUCGCUCAAGCUUCGCCCGCCCGUCCUUGAUCCACUCUUCCUUCACCAACUUCCCCUUCUCUGCAUGGUAGUGCCUAUACACCAACUUGAUUGUCGCCUCGCUCACUCCGACAACAACGCUGAUGGCCUUCACGCCAGUGCUCCUGGGCUUGCCGAGCAGAUGACACGUGAAGUAAAUCGCGCCACCAGCGACGGAAAUAGGUGAACGACCGAGCGCGAUGCCCAGGUCGUGCGCCUUGACGAUGAUGUCUGAGCGGAUAGGCUGGACGUUUGGCGGCAGGUAUCAAGCGAAGCUUUC